UCAAUUAAUGCGUGUGUUUUCACUCCUCAUACGUCCCUGUCUGUCUUCUCCUCCACUGGACCGACUUGUACUCUCUCUUUCAAUUUCUCUUCCCCUAACCUUAACACCCUUCAAUCCCCUUCUCUCUUUCUCUCUACCAAGCCAACAUUACACGACCUGUCUUUGUUUCUUCACUUUCUUGUCCUGGGUUCACUUCUGAAAUCCCCUUUUGUGUUCAUAUUUGGGGGAAAAUCUCUGGGUUCCUCCAAUCCACUUCUUCUGCAUCACCCACUGGGAGAUCUCGACAUUAAACCCAAUUCAACCCACAUUUCUUUUUCUAGGUUACACAAUUCUGGGUUGUUGUACAUUUUACUAGUGUAGCCUAUUGUCGACAUGCACGGCUACAGCCGUCUCGGCGGCGGCGGUGGUAGCGGGAAGUCCACACCUUCACCUCCGUCCUCACCUCGAUUUCGCCAUGGCCGUAACAAGAACUCCGGUGGUGGAGUAAGCGGAGGUCUGAAGAUGAAUGGUUUGCUUGAGCGGCUGAUUUUUUAUACAGUAUCAGCUGUUUAUAGGAGAAGAGGAGUGCUUUUAGUUGCGCCUUUGUUGUAUGUAUCUGGAAUGUUGUUGUAUAUGGGUACUUUUGGAUUUGAUAUUGUAGUUGUUGGUAAGGUUGGAGGAAGAGGUAAUUCUCCGCCUGGUUCUGUUUAUAGAAGCCCGCAGGUGUUGGAGAAGUUAUGGCCAUUCAUGGAGAAUGAGAAUAAUAAUGGGAGUUCUUCUAAUUUGUUGAUGCAUGUAUGGAACCCAAAACUAAACCAGGGAUGGAAGCCUUGUAGUAAUAAUACUAGUACCACUAUCAAUGAAGCAGAACUUCCGAAAUCAAAUGGGUUUCUCAUAGUUGAAGCUAAUGGAGGGUUGAAUCAACAACGAUCAGCAAUAUGUGAUGCAGUUGCAGUAGCAGGAUUACUUAAUGCUACUCUGGUUAUUCCAAUGUUUCAUCUUAACAGUGUAUGGAGAGAUUCCAGCACCUUUGGGGAUAUUUUUGAUGAGGAAUUCUUCAUCUAUGCUCUAAAAAAUCACGUGAAGAUAGUCAAGGAACUCCCGGAAGAUGUGUUGGAAUCGUUUAACCAUAAUGUUAGCAGCAUUGUGAACUUGAGAUUGAAAGCUUGGUCAAGUCCUGCAUAUUAUCUCCAAAAGGUUCUUCCAAGGCUAUUGGAGCUUGGGGCUGUGAGAAUUGCACCUUUCUCCAACAGAUUGACUUACGAUGCUUCCCCAUACAUACAGGGGCUUCGGUGCUUGACCAAUUUUCAGGCGCUUAGGUUUUCAGAACCUGUACGCACACUGGCUGCAAAGAUGGUCCACAGGAUGGUCCAAAACAGUUCUAGAAGUGGCGCCAAAUAUAUUUCAGUUCAUCUCCGCUUUGAGGAGGAUAUGGUGGCAUUUUCGUGCUGUGAAUAUGACGGCGAGGAAGAAGAGAAACGCGAAAUGGACAUUGCUCGCGAAAGGAGCUGGCGAGGAAAAUUUCGCAGGAGGGGUCGAAUAAUAAGGCCUGGUGUGAUUCGAAUGGAUGGAAAGUGCCCAUUAACCCCAUUAGAGGUGGGAAUGAUGCUUAGGGGUAUGGGGUUUGAUAACAACACCUCUAUUUAUGUAGCGUCGGGCAAAAUAUAUAAAGCGGAAAAGUAUAUGGCGCCGCUCAAACAGAUGUUUCCUUAUUUAGAAACAAAGGAUUCCCUUGCUUCACCCGAAGAACUUGCUCCUUUCCGGGGCUAUUCAUCUAGAUUGGCAGCUCUUGAUUAUACAGUUUGCCUUCAUAGUGAAGUAUUUGUCACAACUCAAGGCGGUAACUUUCCUCAUUUCUUGAUGGGCCAUAGACGUUACUUAUUUGGUGGCCACGCCAAAACUAUCAAACCCGAUAAAAGGAAAUUGGCGCUUCUAUUCGAUAACCCUAAUGUCCGAUGGGAGAAUGUGAAACGACAGCUUCGGGAAAUGCUUCAUCACAAUGACAUGAAAGGGAGUGAGUCAAGGAAGGCAAGCAGCUCUAUUUACACAUUUCCUAUGCCAGAUUGUAUGUGUAAAAACAAUGAGGGUAAAAGUAAAAGUCACAAUGCAACUAAACAAACAUGAAUAUAUUUAACAAAAAUUCAAAUCAUUUUUUUAUAACUUUUUUUAGUGUCAAAAUUCAAUUUUUUUUCUUCAAUUGUAAUAUUCCUCUUAGAUUUGUAAUGUGUUAUGUUAAUUACUUAUUAAGAUUUAUUUGAAAUUGGAAAUUAAAUACACGUAUAUUUUAAUUAUGCUUUGA